CUUAUGCCGCUUCUAGGCUUUCUCGGUCUUUUUUAGCUGGCCGUUCUGAGUGUUGCACAGUAAUUGCAAGAUGAAGACGAUAAACACUUAUCAAACAGUGAAAAUCCCUCAGGGUUUGACUGUCUCAGUCAAAUCCAGGACUGUCACCGUAAAGGGACCAAGGGGUGUAUUGAAACGCUGUUUCAAACAUCUCGCUCUUGACAUCAGAAUGGUCAACCCAAGAUUAUUGAGGGUAGAGAAGUGGUUUGGAACCAAAAAGGAAUUGGCUGCAGUAAGGACAGUAUGCUCUCACAUUGAGAACAUGCUCAAAGGAGUCACUAAAGGAUAUCAAUACAAAAUGAGAUCCGUAUAUGCCCAUUUCCCCAUCAACUGCGUAUGCACUAACGAGGGCUCCACCAUUGAAAUCAGAAAUUUCUUGGGUGAGAAAUUCAUCCGCAGAGUCGAGAUGGCUCCAGGUGUUACAGUCACCAACUCCAAAGCUCAAAAAGACGAGCUGAUCUUGGAAGGAAACUCUUUGGAAGAUGUUUCUAGAUCUGCCGCUCUCAUCCAGCAAUCUACAUCUGUCAAAAAUAAGGACAUCAGAAAGUUCUUGGAUGGUCUCUAUGUGUCAGAAAAGACCACUGUUGUUCAAGAUGAGGAAUAAGCUAGAUCGAAUUGUUUAUAAAACAAAUAUAAAUAUAAAAUCUUAAAUAUAAGUGUAAAUACAAAAACAUUUGCACUGAAAAUCUA